AUGUCUCACGAUCUUGUCGAUGUAACGAGUCGAGUAACAUAUGAACGUUUUCUUGAAUUUGAACAGUUAAUGAAAAGAUAUCCUGCGUCAAAACAUCAACCUUAUAAUGCAUCACCAAUUGGUUUCUGUGCUUUUGCUUUAACAUUAUUUGUUUAUUCGAUGUACACGGCGGGUGCAACUAUUUCUAUUUCAACUCAACCUCAUGUUGCAAUGAGUCUUGCACUUUUCUAUGGUGGUUUAAUUCAAUUUCUCGCUGGUUUAUUUGAAUUACGCUUAGGAAAUAAUUUCCACGCACUUAUGUUUUGUUCUUAUGCUGGUUAUUGGUUUGGACUAGGUUUACUUUAUGCUAAUACAUGUAAUUUUCUUAACAGUGUCACAGACACAAGUGUACAGUAA